AUGUCAUUCAGAGGCGGCCGUGGCGGCGGCUUUGGCGGUCGAGGAGGUGGCGGCGGUGGUUUCAGAGGCGGACGAGGUGGCGGCUUCGCACCGGCCGGACCACCUGCUGAGGUUCAGGAAAUGGGAACCGUCGAACACGCUGUCGAAGGCGAAAUGUUUUGCCGCUCAUCAAACGUCAAAGUCCCGUACUUCAACGCCCCGAUCUAUCUCGAGAAUAAGACCCCCAUUGGCAAGGUCGACGAAGUGCUUGGACCCAUCAACGAAGUGUACUUUACGAUUAAACCUCAGGAGGGUAUCGUGGCGACGAGUUUUAAGGCUGGUGAUAAGGUCUUCAUCGGAGGUGACAAGUUGCUGCCGCUGGAGAAGUUCUUGCCCAAGCCAAAGGUUGCGGGGGAGAAGAAGCCCAAGAGGGCGGGUGGUGCUCGUGGUGGACGUGGAGGUGGUGGCCGCGGAGGACCUCGCGGCGGUGCUCGCGGCGGCUUUGGCGGACGAGGAGGCCGUGGUGGUGGUGGUUUCUCAAGGGGAGGCAGUCGUGGUGGUUUUGGCGGUAGGGGAGGCGGUGGAUUCAGCGGUGGUCGGGGAGGUGGCCGUGGUGGAGGUGGUGGUUUCCGAGGACGGGGACGUGGUUUCUAA